AUGGCGCGAGAGGAGAGGAGGGGGAGAGAGAGGGAGGGGGCGAGACACAACGAAAAAGACAACAGAGACAGAGACAGAGAAAAAGAGAGAGACAGAGACAGAGACAGAGACAGAGAGAAGGAGAGAGACAGAGACAGAGACAGAGAUAGAGAUAGAGACAGAGAUAGGGAUAGGGAUAGGGAUAGAGAUAGGGAUAGGGAUAGAGAGAAGGAAAGAGAAAGAGAUAGAGAAAAAGAAAGAGAAAGAGAAAGAGAUAGAGAUAGAGAAGAUAGAGAGAAGGAAAGAGAAAGAGAUAGAGAAAAAGAAAGAGAAAGAGAAAGAGAUAGAGAUAGAGAUAGAGAUAAAGAAAGAGAUAGAGGAAGAGAUAAAGACAGAGAAAGACAACGCGACAGAGAAAGAGAAAGAGAGAGAGAGAAAGCCCGUGAGAGAGAAAGAGAGAGAGAAAGAGAAAGAGAAAGAGAGAGAGAAAGAGAAAGAGAAAGAGAAAGAGAAAGAGAAAGACGCAGCACAGAUCGCUUUCGCCGCGAGGGCCCCUUCAGCCGCAGGUCCCGCAGCAGGGACAGAGACAGGGGGGGGCCCCCCUUCCGCCGCAGCACGUGGCGUUCUGAGGGUCGCAAGGCCUAUCGCUUUGACUCUCCCCCCCGCAUGGAUGAAGGAGAAGAGUCUGGUGCUGGUGUAGCAGCAGCAGCAGCAGCAGCAACUGCAGCAGCAGCAUUUGCAUCUGUUCCGGGUGCUGCAGCAGCUCUUAGUGGGGAGUUCCAGCAGCAGCAGCAGCAGCAGCAGCAGCAGCAGCAGCACCAGGAGCAGCAGGAGGUUUAUUACAGCUAG